AUGCUUUCAUUGCUUCUACUUUCUUUAUUAACUACAUCAACCAUAACAGUCAAUGCUGAUGGACUAGGCUGUUUUCUGUCACUUCCAUCAUCUGCUAAAUCAGUAGGUAGUUAUACUUAUCAAACUCAAUCAUAUUGUGCGGGUCAGUGUCAAGGUUAUGCCUAUGUUGCUGUUAAAAAUGGUAUUGAUUGUUACUGUUUAAAUUCACUUCCAAGUUCUAAUUCAGUUAGUUCAAGUCAAUGUAGUGUACCAUGUGCUGGUUAUGGUUCUGCUACUUGUGGUGGAGUAAAUUCUUUUGAAGUAUUUGCGGGUAAUGGUAAUUCCAAUCCAGGAGUUGCUGAAACUGGUCCAUCUUCAGGAGCUGCCUCUACUGCUUCCACCCAAACGACUACCAGUUCAACUGGAAAUGGUCCAUCUACAACUUCUAAUCCAGCUACAAGUAGUUCUGCUGAUUCUGAUAAUGAAACUGUUCAAGUUGUUACUAGUACUGCUACAAAUGAUAGUGGUGUUAUUGUUUAUAAAACCAUUACUCAAUCUACCUCUACUUCAAGUCCAACUUCUUCAGAGUCUUCAACUUCAAGUUCUGCAUCACCUUCAACAUCUGGUUCAUCUUCUAAUGAUGAUAAAAAGAAAUCAUCUAGUAAAGUUGGACCUAUUGUAGGAGGAGUUAUAGGAGGUUUAGUUGCCUUAAGUGCACUUAUUGGAGGUAUUUUCUGGUUUAUUAAAAGAAGAUAUAGUGAAGAUGAUGAUGAUGAUUAUGAUGAAGAGAAAUUUUAUGAUAGUAAUCCAUCAGGUUUAGGUAGAAGAGGUGGUACUGGGAAAGGUACUCGUAGAAAUAAUAAAGAUAGUGCACUUGAUAUGCCAAUAAUGAAUCCAUUUGUUCAUCCAAAUGAUCAAUUAGCUUCAUCUGAUCAUAGUCAAUCUACAGAUGGUAUGCCUACUAAUGUAAUUGCAACUAAUAAUCAAGCUUUAGUAGAUCCAAGAUUAAAUCCUUCAAUAAUGGGUAGAAAAAGAUUGAGUGAAGGAUCUUUGGCUGAUGAAACUGACUAUUCUAGAAAAAUAUUACAUGUUAUUAAUCCUGAUUCGACCCUUAAUUAA